AGGUUAUGUUUCAGGAAAUUCUCUUCUCUCUUCUUGUCUUGAAACCUGUGACUGAGACAUAGUUCUUUUACUGUGAUUACAUGUUUCAAACAAUUUAUUAGUAUUUUUACUUGAAAAUACUAUAUCUUAUUCUUUUCAGAUAUUAUUCAGUUCUCCGGGUGUUUAAUAUUUGAGUUGAAAUGUCGUACAGAAAAGACAAAAAGGUGACAGACUACGUUGUCGAAAAAGAAAACAUCAAAAACUUUCUAAUUGAAUUCUAUGUCGAAAAUGACGAUGAUAUGAAAGAAUUCAAAUAUUCACAACAACUCACAAAUCUUGCUCACAGAGAACAGGUUGCAAUUUAUAUAGAGAUUGAUGAUGUCGAAUCUCAUAACUCUAGACUGGCCGAAGCUAUUGUAGCGAAUACAAGGCGGUACACUUUGCUAUUCUCUGAAGUUAUAUUCGAGCUGCUACCGACUUACAAGGAUAGAGAUGUUGUUGCCAAAGACUCGUUGGACAUCUACAUUGAGCAUCGACUGCUGAUGGAGCAGCGCAUGAGGCAGCCGGGAGGAGGGGAUCAGCGGCCCACCGAAAACAGCUAUCCCAGGGAACUCAUGUGUCGAUUCGAAGUGUACUUCAAAGCUGCGGCGGUGGCAAAGGUGAUUCCAAUUCGUGACGUGAAGGCGGCCUACAUUGGGCGACUGGUGACGGUGCGGGGGGUGGUGACCCGCUCCACAGAGGUCAAGCCCAUGAUGGUGGUCGCCACAUACACUUGUGACCACUGCGGUGCCGAGACCUAUCAGCCGGUGAACUCUCUGAGCUUCAUGCCAGUGGUGAUGUGUCCCAGCGAAGACUGCCGAGUCAACAAGUCGGGCGGACGACUCUACCUACAGUCGCGUGGCUCCAAAUUUGUCAAAUUUCAGGAAAUCAAAAUUCAGGAACACAGCGAACAUGUGCCUGUCGGUCAUAUUCCAAGAUCGUUGACGAUCUUCUGUCGCGGUGAAACGACUCGCAAAGCGCUGCCCGGUGACCACGUGGCGGUGACUGGCAUCUACUUGCCACUGGUGCGGCAAGGAUUCCGGCAGAUGACUCAAGGCCUCCUCUCUGACACCUACUUGGAGGCGCAUAGCAUUGAGUGCUUGAGCAAGGUUGAAGACGACAAAGCCAGCCGAGGAGAGCUGACCGAGUUCGAGAUCAAUCAGCUGUUAUCUGCCAACUUCUACUCGAAACUGGCUGCCAGUCUGGCGCCUGAGAUCUACGGCCACGAGGACGUCAAGAAGGCACUGCUUCUGCUGCUGGUGGGCGGGGUCGACCGCAACCCAAGUGGCAUGAAAAUCAGAGGUAACAUCAACAUUUGCCUAAUGGGAGAUCCGGGAGUGGCAAAAUCCCAACUGCUGUCCUACAUUGAACGUCUAGCCAGACGCAGUCAGUACACCACGGGAAGAGGUUCAUCAGGAGUGGGUCUCACGGCAGCUGUUAUGAAGGACCCCCUGACUAACGAAAUGGUGCUCGAGGGUGGAGCACUGGUUCUUGCCGACCAAGGCAUCUGCUGCAUUGACGAAUUCGACAAAAUGGCUGACCAUGACCGUACUGCCAUUCAUGAGGUGAUGGAACAGCAGACGAUCUCGAUCGCAAAGGCGGGCAUAAUGACGCGUCUGAACGCGCGCGUGAGCAUUCUGGCAGCAGCCAACCCGGCCUUCGGUCGCUACGACUCUAAUCGCUCGGUCGAGCAGAACAUCCAGCUGCCUGCCGCUCUGCUCUCCCGUUUCGACCUGCUCUGGCUCAUCCAGGACAGGCCCGACCGUGAUAAUGAUCUCAAACUGGCCCAACACAUAACAUACGUGCACAAGCACUGCUGCCAACCUCCCGCCGAGUUCCAGGCGCUGGAGAUGUCGCUGAUUCGCCGCUACAUCGACUUGUGCAAGAACAAGAACCCCAUUGUGCCACCCGAACUCACCGAUCACAUUGUCACCGCCUACGUUGAGAUGCGCAAGGAAGCUAGGAACAACAGGGACAUGACGUUCACAUCAGCGCGUAACCUUUUGGCUAUUCUGCGCCUGUCGACUGCGCUUGCGCGUCUGAGGCUGGCCAAUGAGGUGGAGAAGGAUGAUGUCGGAGAGGCCAUGCGUCUACUGGAAAUGUCCAAAGUCAGUCUUGGACAUGCUGAGGCCAAGGAUGUUGGUGGAGGUUCAGCUGCCGACCGUGUGUUCAUUCUGGCCAGGGAGGUGGCGGGGAGUCGAAAAACUGUCAAGUUGACAGAAAUUCGCGAAUACUGCGCCAAAAAGGGUUAUCAACCUGACCUGGUCGAUCAGUGUGUGGAAGAGUAUGAAGAACUCAACGUCUGGCAAGUCAAUCAGGCUCGAACCACUGUUACUUUCUUGUAAAUCUACUAAAUUCUCUAUUUAAGAUACACUAAAACAUGCUCAACUAGUUGUUUUUGAAGUUGGGUUAUUGGAUGAGUAAUUAAUAUUAUAAGUCUAUCAAAUAGCUUGAGAUUGCCAAGUCAGCCAGGCUAGAACAAAUGUUACUUUCUUGUAAAUGCUAAAAAUUCUCUGUAAAAGACUCACAAAAACAUGCUUAACUAGUUGUUUUCAAAGUUGAUUUAUUGGAUGAGCUAUUUCUGCGUAUUACAAGUCCAUUAAAUAGCUGAGAUUGCCAAGUCAACCAGGCUAGAAUUACUAUUACCUUCUUGUAAAUGUUCAAAAUUCUCUGUCGAAGACUCAUACAAACAUUCUCAACUAGUUGCUUUCAAAGUUGGUUCAAUGGGUAAGCUAUUCCUGCUUAUUAUAAGUUCAGUGAAUAAUUUGAGAUUGCUAAGCUAGCCUGGUUGGAAUAACUGUUACUUCCUUCUAUAUCUACAAAAUUGGUUGAUUUAAUACGGUUAAAUUUUUAACAUUUACCAAAACGUUUUUUCGCAGCUUAUUUUCAAAAACAUGAAAAGUUUGCUCAACUAGUUGUUUUCGAAGUUGUUUUAUUGUAUGAGCUAUUCCUGCGUAUUAUAAGUAACUUACAUUAAAUAACUUGAGAUUGCCAACUUAACCUGGCUGAAUCGACAUUAUUUCCUUGUAAAUCUACAAAAUUAGUUGAUUCAGGUUCGCUUUCUCCAAAGUUGGUUUUACUAUUAAACCCGUUUAAUCAAUGUAUGGACGCAUUUAUCAUAAUGUGCUUCAAUUGAUGGCUUAAACUAGAAUUUUGGUUCAACGUUUUUUGAGAAUGUGUUCCUUAAUAUGGUCCCAUUGUGAAAUACAUACAAAACGUGUUUUCAUUGCUUGUUUUCAAAUUUAGAUUUUAUGAUUUGUAAGUUAUAAGUACAUUGAAUAGUUCCAGAUUGGCAAGUUAACCAGGCCAAACGACUGUUAAUUUGAUGUAAACUCAUUCAAUUAGUCUGUUGAAGACUGUUAAAUACAGUUACAGGAAUUCAAUGUAGGGUUUCACUUCUUGUUUACAAAAUAGAAUUGUUGUAUGGGUUGUAUGUAUUUUUUUGUUGCAUGUUGCAUAUUAUUCGAUGUUACACUCAAGUUAUGUUUUUGGGAUUUUUAGAAAUUCUCUUUGGUACAAAAACUAUUUUAAGCUAUUAGGCUAAUACAGUUCAUUGUUCAUUUAUCAGUAAGAUUAUUAUAAGAUACUUCGCACAUAAUUAUAAAAAAUGUAUCCUUUCGAUUCAUGAUAAAAGUUGAGUGCUGCUCAUAAGACUUGAGAAAAAUUAAGUAGUAAUACUACGUAUUUGAAUCCAAAGAAAUUUGGAGUAUUUUCUAUUUUUCACUAUCAAUUGUAUUUUUAUACCAUUUAGAGCGUAAUUUUAGGAUAUUUAAUCUGUACUAUGUUCAGGCAAAUGUCAAUUUUCACUGUACCAUUCUGACAGUAUGACACCAUUCCAAUUGCAAUUGUGUGUAGUUUUUUGUAUUAAAAUAUUGACGAUAUAAAAA